CGGCAUUUUCCCACGAUGAUAGCAGUCCAUAAAGACGGUCUUGACAAGUAAACGUCACGAAACAGAUCAUCGGGAUCUGCUUACUGGCGACUUUGAUGUUGAUAUUCACCAAAGUCGGCACCUGUCCGCGUUCAGGCCGGGAAGGCGCCACCAUCCGAUAUCGUUAGCGCAACUUCUUGACCCACCGAAAAGUUCCUCCACCCGAAAAGCUCACGACAUUCGCAACUCCACGCGCAUUGAUCGCAUCCAACAUUCACAAUGGCGGCUGAAGUACAACUCCUGCAGCCUUUGAAGCUGCCGAAGGGCCCUUCUACCCUCACGUCCGAGCAAAAAUACUGGAACUCAUUCGCCUCGGAGCUCAAACUCGACCCUUCACAACAUUCCUCGCCCGUAACUCACAUCUCGAUACCGCCGCCUCAGCCUGCCAAUACGCUUUCGGCCACCCAGGAUCUCUUCGCAGUCACGACGGGAUCGCGCGUCCAGAUUUUCUCCUCCAAGAGCCGAAAGGUUGUCAAGACGAUAUCGCGCUUCGGCGUCGACGAUGUUGCGCAUUCGGGAAACAUACGGCGCGAUGGCAGGAUUCUGGUCGCAGGAGGAGAUACUGGUGUCAUACAAGCGUUCGAUGUGAAGAGCAGGGCCAUCUUGAAGACAUGGAAGGAGCACAAGCAGCCCGUCUGGGUCACACAGUGGAACCCCACAGAUCUUACUGGUCUGAUGAGUUGUUCCGAUGACAGAACCGUACGAUUAUGGGAUUUGCCGAGUGAGAAGAGCGUGAUGAAGUUCGACGGGCAUCAAGACUACGUGCGAAGCGGUACUUUCAUGCCUGCGCAAAGUGGGCUGCUCGUAUCUGGAAGUUACGACCAGACGGUACGACUUUGGGAUUCGCGAGUGGGCGGAAAGGCGGUCAUGGUGUUCAAGCACGCUGCGCCCGUCGAAACCGUCCUCCCUAUGCCGUCCGGAACGGCCGUGCUCGCAGCAGCAGACAACGUCAUCAGCGUCCUCGAUAUCGUAGCCGCAAAGCCGAUCCACAUGCUGCGUAACCACCAGAAAUCUGUCACCGCGCUCUCGCUAGCGAACAAUGGCGAACGCCUCCUUUCCGGUGCCCUCGACGGCCACGUCAAGGUCUUCGAAACAACAGGCUGGAACGUCGUAGGUGGGAUGAAGUACCCUUCGCCCAUCCUGUCACUAAGCGUCAUCCCGAAUCAAAAGGAAGACAGACAUAUUGCGGUGGGUAUGCAAUCAGGUCUUCUCUCGAUCAAGACCCAUCUCUCCGGCGAGCAGAAGGUUCAGGCUCGUGAGCGAGAGAAGGAGAUGAAAGCGCUCAUGGAAGGCAAGAUCGAAGAGUACGAUAGGAGCAAGAAGCGGAAGCGCGGAAAGGGCUGGGAAAAGCGCAUCCGAGGCAAAGACUUCACCGGCGAGAGCGCAGAUAUCGUUAUCGAUGGCAAUGCGCGGGGAAAGAUCACUGCCGGACAGCCGUGGGCACAUGCGCUGCGGAAGGGCAUGUACGCACAGGCGUUGGAUAUGGUGCUCGAAUCAAAGGAUGCAAACGCUCGCAGCCAGUCUCUUACCCUCCUGACCGCUUUACGCCAUCGCUCUGCUCUCCGAACUGCUCUCAGCAACCGCGACUCCGUAACCCUCCAACCCAUCCUCCGCUGGUGCAUAAAGAACGUUUCCGACUACCGCAUCACACGUCUGACUACCGAUGUCGCGCUUGUAGUCCUGGACCUAUAUGCCGACCAACUGGGCAGAAGCGAGGAGGUCGACGAUCUAAUCAUGGCGCUCAUGCAGCGAGUCAAGGUGACUGUCGAAGCAAGCCAAGACGCCUGGAAGGUACGCGGCAUGCUAGAUAUGCUCGUCAGCAGCGUCGGCGCAGUAGACGGCGUGGAAGCAUGAGAAUAGUAAAGGGAUCUUUUGUUUGCAUAGCGAAGGCGUUCAGGAUCUUGUCACAUGUUCAAAAAGUUGAAAAGGCAGCAGCAGCCAUGUACGCUAUUGACCUUGGAUGGAUGGUAGAGAGAUACCCGGAUAAAGCGAUUGGUAUUGCUUUGGAUGAU